GAACUUCCAAAGAUCGGCCCCGGGGCCUGGGGACCUGGGGCCAGAGGCCAGGCUUGGGUGGCAGGAGAGGGCAGUUGACUGGGGACGGGAAGAUGGACCUGCUGACCUGGGUACCCGCUCCCUUGGGUCCUGAUGUUCUUCAGUGUUCCUGCAGCACUGGCAGACUCUGGACCUCCCCAGGAUGGUGCUGGGCUGGGUGGUGCCCACUUUGGCAUUGCAGCUUCCUGCCUAAAUUGGCUCCUGGCUCCAGACCUAGAGGCUCAGGAAAUCCUAGAAGGGUCUGGUCCACAAGGACACUCCCUAGCCUGGCAGAGGGGCAGUGGGUGGGAGACCUGGGCCUCCAGCAACAAGCAUCAGUGAACUCCCCAGCUGGCCCACAUCAGGGGGUGGGUGUGCACUGCUAGGCAGGUGAGCCAACCUCCUUGCCAGGCCGAGCUGUUCAGAGAGCAACAGGCCCCUAGGGCUGGUGGGAAGCUGGAUCGUGCCCUUCUAAAUCAUCUUGUUAGGGGCUGUGCAGGUGGCCUGGUGGCCCCUCUGAAGACCUUGGCUUGAUCCCAGCCAACUCUCUACCUGGCCAACUUCUUGGAUAGUCUGGUAGGGCCACCCCAGGCCUUGCUGUCUGUUCUGUGCAGAGUCAGGCCGCCUGCCUGCGCUCCCCUCUAGAGUGGGGAGGAAGUACCUUUUGCUGUUGGUUUUGGGGACAGGAAGCAAGCACUGGUGGUGGAGGAGGGGCAAGGGACAAAAUACUAGUGUUUCUUGCCACCUGCCAGCCCCUUCCUACCCAUUUGCCAGCAAGCCCCUAUCUGUGCCUCCAGGGAGGUGCUGGGCUAAAGACCACUGGAAGGGGGAACUCAGAGUCACAGCUUCCCAGAGUGGGGGGAAGUGAAACUCAGGGGCAUGGCACUGACAGUGGAUGUGGUGGGGCCGGCACCCUGGGGCUUCCGCAUCAGUGGAGGCAGGGAUUUCCACACACCCAUCAUGGUGACCAAGGUAACAGAGAGGGGCAAGGCUGAGGCUGCUGACCUCCGGCCUGGCGACAUCAUCGUGGCCAUCAAUGGGGAGAGUGCAGAGGGCAUGCUUCAUGCUGAGGCCCAGAGCAAGAUCCGCCAGAGUGCCUCACCCCUGCGACUGCAACUGGACCGGUCUCGGGCUGCCUCUCCUGGGCAGACCAAUGGAGAGGGCUCCUUGGAAUUGCUGGCAACACGUUUCCAGGGCUCCCUGAGAACGCACCUUGACAGCCAGUCCUCCCUGUGGUCUUCCUACUCCAGCCCAGCCUCUCUCAGCCCCCGGCCAGGCAGUCCCUUCACCCCGCCCCCCACCAGCCCGCAGAUGCUUGCUGGAGAGGCAGCAAUUGGCCGCAGUGUCCAGAGUCUGACACACUCGCCAGGCCUCACUGCUACUGAUCACUUGUCCUACGAGGGCCGCCCUGCAGGCCAACAGGCUGGCCGCGGCCGCGCUGGCGACUCGGCUGUGCUGGUACUGCCGUCUUCCCCCGGGCCCAGGUCCUCCAGCCCCAGGUUCAGCGUGGAACUGGAAGAGGACUCGGAAGUGUUCAAGAUGCUGCAGGAGAACCGCGAGGGGCGGACGGCACCACGGCAGUCCAGCUCCUUUCGCCUCCUGCAGGAAGCCCUGGAGGCUGAGGAGAGAGGUGGCACACCUGCCUUCCUGCCCAGCUCGCUGAAUCCCCAGGCCUCCCUGCCCACUUCCAGGGCCCUGGCCACCCCACCCAAGCUCCACACCUGUGAGAAGUGCAACACCAGCAUCGCGAACCAGGCUGUGCGUAUCCAGGACGGGCGGUACCGCCAUCCCAGCUGCUAUACCUGCGCUGACUGUGGGCUAAACCUGAAGAUGCGUGGCCACUUCUGGGUGGGCGAUGAGCUGUACUGUGAGAAGCACGCCCGCCAACGCUAUUCAGUGUCUGCUACCCUCAGCUCUCGGGCCUGAACCUCGGGGUGCUCAGCCCAUCUCCACUCACAGCACUUCUGGGACAGCCAUGCCAAGACCAAAUUGGCAGGGAAGGGACAAUGGUGGGUGGCGGUUCUUAUGUGAACUAAGUUUGGGGGCCCGAAGCCCCUUCAAUCCUCACUGGGUGAGGUCAAGGGCUGUGACUCAUCUUGGGCUGCAGGUGCUGAGGGCAGCCCUUUUCCUGGCCUUUCUCCUGCAGGACAGGUGCUGCAUGGCAGGCUGAAGUGGCUAUUGUGUCUGAUACCUUUGGGUACAGGAUGGGAUGCAUGGAAGUUUCUAGAAGGACAGAAGUGGGGCCUAGGCUAAUGGUAUUCACUGUGCAAAGUUUUUGACACAUGAGCUCUAUAAAUAUAUAUAC